AAAAUCAUAAACGAUUGACGAUGCAGAUGGCUUUGAUUGGGAGAGGUAUCAUGUACAUGUGUUUCCCACUGAUUCCUUUAAGCCUCCAUGAUUAAGAGUUCUUAUGCUUGUUUAACUUUAAAGUCUCUUGCUUUAAGAGAUGAAACGGAGAGACUGAUCUGGAGAAGAUGUACAGUUCUUUGGGUCUAGCUGCCACGCCCUUUCUUGGGUUCUCCUCAGCUCCCUCUGUCAAGGACUUCAAGAGGGCUUCAGGAACUAAUCCCUGCCUUGCCAAACUACAUCCGAUUGGACUGACCUAUUGCUCCCCGAAAUUGGCUGGCCACCAGAUAUUGACGUUCCCUUUGAAAACCACAAUACACGGAAAGGUGAAGCGCAGUUUCUCGAUCUCAGCAGUUAUGACAGAUGACAACCCCGCAUCAACAUCAAUUGAGGAAGAGAUGGAAAGCAUUGGCAUUCUGCAUAUUGAUCCUGGUUUGGAACCAUUUAAAGAUCACUUCAAAGAUAGACUGAGAAGAUAUUUAGAACAGAAAAGGCUUUUUGAACAACAUGAAGGAGGCCUUGAGAAGUUUGCACAAGGCUAUUUGAAAUUUGGGUUUAACAGAGAACAAGGGAGUAUUGUGUACCGUGAGUGGGCUCCUGCUGCUCAGGAAGCUCAAGUUAUUGGGGACUUCAACGGUUGGGAUGGUUCCAACCAUAAGAUGGAAAAGAAUCAAUUUGGUGUUUGGAGCAUCGAAAUACCCGACUCUGAUGGAAAUCCAGCCAUCCCUCACAAUUCAAGGGUUAAAUUCCGGUUCAAGCAUGGUGAUGGGAUUUGGGUUGAUAGAAUUCCAGCAUGGAUAAAAUAUGCCACUCAGGACACCACCAAAUUUGCAGCACCAUAUGAUGGUGUUUACUGGGAUCCACCACCUCCAGAAAGGUAUCAGUUCAGGUACCCUCGGCCUCCAAAGCCCACCGCCCCACGAAUUUAUGAGGCUCAUGUUGGAAUGAGUAGUUCAGAACCUCGGGUUAGUUCAUACAGAGAAUUCGCUGAUGAUGUUUUGCCUCGUAUUGCUGCGAAUAACUAUAACACUGUUCAGUUGAUGGCUGUGAUGGAGCAUUCUUAUUAUGCAUCAUUUGGGUAUCAUGUGACAAACUUUUUUGCUGUAAGCAGCAGAUGUGGAAGCCCUGAGGAUCUUAAAUAUUUAAUUGAUAAAGCCCACAGCUUGGGUCUAAGGGUCCUGAUGGACAUUGUUCACAGUCAUGCAAGUAACAAUGUCACUGAUGGCCUCAACGGCUUUGAUGUUGGCCAAGGCUCACAAGAAUCAUAUUUCCACACAGGAGAUCGAGGCUAUCAUAAGUUAUGGGACAGCAGACUUUUCAACUAUGCUAAUUGGGAAGUCCUUCGCUUCCUUUUAUCUAAUUUGAGAUGGUGGCUUGAGGAGUUCAAAUUUGAUGGGUUUCGGUUUGAUGGGGUAACUUCCAUGUUGUAUCAUCACCAUGGAAUCGACAUGGCAUUCACAGGGGAUUAUAACGAUUAUUUUAGUGAGAAAACAGAUGUCGAUGCUGUUGUUUAUAUGAUGCUGGCAAACUGUCUGAUUCGUAAUGUUUUGCCAGAAGCAACUGUGGUUUCCGAAGAUGUUUCUGGUAUGCCUGGACUUUGUCGUCCUAACUCUGAUGGAGGGAUUGGUUUCGAUUACCGCUUGGCGAUGGCCAUCCCUGACAAGUGGAUUGAUUACUUGAAAAAUAAGAGUGACGGAGACUGGUCAAUGAAGGAAAUAGCAUGGAGCUUAACUAAUCGGAGAUACACUGAGAAAUGUGUGGCUUAUGCUGAGAGCCAUGACCAGGCUAUUGUGGGCGACAAGACUAUUGCUUUCUUCUUAAUGGAUAAAGAAAUGUAUUCAGGCAUGUCUGCUUUAGUGGAUGCUUCGCCGACUAUUGAAAGAGGAAUUGCGCUUCACAAGAUGAUACACUUUAUUACCAUGGCAUUGGGAGGUGAGGGCUACCUAAAUUUUAUGGGAAAUGAGUUUGGCCAUCCGGAGUGGAUUGACUUCCCAAGAGAAGGCAAUGCAUGGAGUUAUGAAAAAUGCAGACGCCAAUGGAACCUGGUAGAUUCUGAGCACCUGAGAUAUAAGUUCAUGAAUGCUUUUGACAAAGCCAUGAAUGAACUUGAUGAAAGGUACUCAUUCCUUGCAUCAUCGAAGCAGAUAGUGAGCAGUGUAAAUGAAGAAGAUAAGGUUAUUGUCUUUGAGCGUGGAGAUCUGGUUUUCGUAUUCAAUUUUAAUCCAGAGAACUCCUAUGAUGGGUACAAAGUAGGUUGUGAUUUGCCUGGGAAGUACAGAGUUGCACUUGAUAGUGAUGCAUGGGAAUUUGGUGGCCAAGGAAGGGUGGGUCAUGAUGUAGAUCAUUUCACAAACCCAGAAGGAAUACCUGGAGUGCCUGAGACAAAUUUCAACAACCGUCCGAAUUCCUUCAAAGUUUUCUCACCGGCUCGAACAUGUGUGGUUUAUUAUAGAGUUGAGGAAAACAUUGAAGGGAACAGCACUAGUGAUUUCAUUGACGAUAAUGAGAAAAUAGCAACAUAUGCUGAGCAGGAGAGUUUCGAAGAGUUGGCAUCUGUCGAGGGUGGUGACAUUGUUCGAACCAGUGUAGGUGACCCAGAAGCAAAAGAGAUGGGGAAAGGCCAUGUUGGUUCAAGCAACAUAGGGGAGACAGAAAUAAAAGAGUUGGUUGAAGGGCCAACAGAUGGCCAUGUUGGUUCAAGCAACAAUGCAACAUAGCAGACACAGAAGUAAAAGAGUUGUUUGAAGGGUUAACUGACGAUUAAGCAUCUUCAACAUACUGAUCUACGCUUUUCGUCUGUUAAUCCUUCACUCUGUUUAUACAAUAAUAGCUCUCUCUGUGAAUAGGGUUUGUAUUAUAUUAAAUGCCAGCAGUGGUGAUAUUUUAUGGUUUGUUCAUGUAGUGUUCUUGUGCUGGGAUUGUGUAUAAAAACUUCGGAUUUUCGAUAUUUGGUUCAGUUCUGCAGAGGACCAACAUAAUAACUCUUACUGUCAUGUACAAUUGAUGUAAGUUUCUCAAACAUGGUAAGUUGAGUCAAAGCCCAA